AUGGCAUUCAUACACUUAUUAGUGUUACUUCUAAGUGUAGCUAUAACAUCGUCCACCCUUUCCUUGGCUAACCCUUUGCCAUCAAUCUAUCGCCGACCGCUACCAUAUCGCCUUCCGUGGAGAUCCCCGGUAUUUCCAUUUGUGACAAUGACACCACCGCCCAAUCCAGUCGGAUCCUCGCCACCAACUAGACGUAGUGGCAUUAGGCCACCGGUGCAAUCACAAUCACCACCCCCACACUUUGGGGUUCGUUCACCACCAUCACGUGUUGGGGCAUAUUCACCACCACCAAGACCCAUUCACACGACACCACCUAGUAACAACCAACCACCAUCGUCGCACUCUGGGGUUCAUCCACCACCACCAAGACCUGUUCACAGGACACCACCUACCAACAACCAGCCACCAGCACAUCCCAUCAACACGCCACCUCCAGCCCGUAACAAUAUUCCACCACCAUCAACUAACGACAACCAACCGCCAAUUGAAGACCAACCACCUAUGGUGGACCCAAUCAACGACCCACCUACUAAUGACCAACCACCUCAAACACCAAUCAACGAUCAACCACCCUAUGAUUACCAAUCACCAGAAACUCCUAUCGACAUGCCAUCCCCCAUUGAACAACCACCAUACUCUGACCCUAUCGACGAUCCACCUACCGAUUAUAAUCAACCACCAAACGACGAUCAAUCACCCCAAACUCCAAGUGACAUGCCCCCAUCUGAUGAAGAUCAACCACCACAAUUUGAUAUGCCCCCAAUCGAUGAUGAUCAACCACCACAAACUCCAGUCUACAUGCCACCGCCUUUUGACGACCAACCACCCGAAUAUCCAGGCUUUAUGCCACCAACAACUAGACCACUUAGACCAAUGCCUCGUGGUCGGAUACCUUAUGUACCUGGCACUCGUUACCCACGUUUCCCUCCACGCGGGAUGUUUCCACCAGCUGAUGACACCAAUGGUCGUCACUAA